AUGUCGCAAAACGAGAAAAACGAACGUCCUCCAUCCUACUCAGAAGUACCAAACUUCUCACGCCCAAAUGCGCAUCGAGGUCAGCAAAUCCUCGACCAGUUGACCCUCACACGCGCACACCACAUCCAAGCUGUCAUUGACACCCACAUCAUCCCGCUCGUCGAGCAACGCGCCUCAUAUGGUAUCGCACAAACAACCAUUGCAAUGUUGCCAUCAGAUAUCCCUCUACCCGCCGUGCGAGAGAAAUCGGAAUUCAGCUUCGACACCGACACAUCAAAGGCCGUAGAGGUUAUUGGCUUUGCAUCUGAAGAGGAGCCAAACAUCGUACGUCUCGAAGGGCAGAUGAACCGGACAGAGUUCUGGAGGGUUCAAGCAGUCAUUGUAGAGCUGGAGAGGGUGCUGAGGGACAGCUUGAAUGCAAGCCCACAGCUGAGGAGUCCACUUCGGGAGAGGAGCGAGUUUGAAACGCCACAAAAACAGAAGAGGAACUUCCUUGCCAAGUUCGUUGGAAAGGGUGAGGAGGAGCGGUCGCCAAGCGGUAACCCUGAGGUGGGCGUCAAGAAGAUGGAUGAGUCGGGGUUGGUUCUGGUCAAGGCGAGGUUGGAGGAGAUUUCGUUGAGGACACUGAGUGACUUCGGACUGUACGACACCAUGUCGAAACAGUGUGUGAUCAUUCGGAUAGACGCAAGGUGUUAG